CUUUACUGGCAGAGGCUUGAUACACAGGCAGGUCGUAACCAGGCAAACAAUUACAAAGACGGGGUUGAGGCAAAAAGAAGACAAAUACCAGGUAUAAAAAGACCACAGGGAGAAAUUUCUGGAAUACUAGACAAGGAGGAAGCGAGGCGGACUGGCACAGACUAAGGGGAACACGUAACGCCUCUAUGUAGGGAACAGGUGAAGCUGAUCAGGGCAGGUAAAGGCCACCUCACUGGCCGGAAACACACAAGGGAGGGAGAGGUCAACGACAAAAUAAAACAGGGAACCCAAGAAUGACAUGAAUGUGUAAACAAGGAAAACACAACUCAGGGGACUUGAGGAGCUGUUCUGUGCGGGGACGGAGUCGAGGCAAACCUAGUUCCACGUUAUCGAGCUAUAAGGCCAGUCCUCUUUAGUCCCGGUGUGAAGAUAUAAAUGAAAUAAUGGCAACUAAAUAAUUUCACUAAUGGGUGCAGACUUCAAUCAAUCAAGCAUUUAAUGUAUCAGUCACAUGAAAUCUUAGAAGAUAACGCUACAACUCCAGUGAAAUGCGAUCCUGUCAUCUCCAGUUUGUUCACUGACAAUAACGUUAUUCACAUUCACCUCCUUUCUUCGAGCCACAGUCCUCCCAUCGGUCAGAUUGGUGUUGUACAGUACUUUAACGUUAUUCCGCGCAGUCCAUCAUCCAAGGCUGGCCCAUUGACUAUGUAACGCACAGCAAACCUCCGUUAUUCGUUUGAUAUUUGCGUAAUUGUUUUUCUCCUAAAGGCACCAACACCACAAACAGGGCCGUGAGGUUCAGAGAAGUACUUGAUGUCAUGAAUGGGGAUACCAAAACCCUUUUUGUACCAGGCUGUGAAAAUGAUAAUAUAACUGCUAUUGUUUUACAUGUUGACAACACACUUUAUAAAGUGUUCACUUUUUCAAAACUGCUAAAACAGUUAUUUUUAGAUUAGAGUAGCUUUACCCCGCCUCUUUGCCUUCUCACAAGUGCAUUAAAAGAUACAUAGAAUUCACAUUAUCGACACGGAGCUCAGUGCAGCAGCUAAUCUCACAUCCAAAAUGCAAGUGUCCAAAAUGUAACUACUGAAAAUCCGAUAAGUAAAUAGAGAAAAAUACAUAUUGACAAUACAGACAUGUAUAGGGUGCCUAGAAAUACAGAAAUACAACAGUCAAGCCUGUCUGCAUUUUUUGCAAUCCACAACACAUCUUCUCUGGGAAUUUACUGCCUGAUCCAUCAUUGGCAAUCUUCUGCAGAUAUGUUCAGUCAUCGAGCCGGCUUUGGGUCCAAGAGGAGCAUCCCAUCAUGCGGCUGGUGCUCAUAAACUUUCCACCUCUAUGAGAAAAAGAAUACCUCUCAGGAGGUUGAGGAAUGGAAAGUAAAGUGAAGAAGUCUGUGACUGGAAGAGAUAGUGAAAUGCCACAUUGACAUUAACUUUUUGGGUGAUUCUGCCUCAUUUGCCUCUUUUCUUCACCUGGCCCGAGUCUUUCAUAGAGGCAACCAAGGCUGAAAAGGAGGCACUCGGUGAUGUGUGUGUACCAAUCAAGAGAACAGAAAGUAGUAUGUAAAUAUGUGUAAAAUCGAAUUUAAAGUUUCCGUUUGAGUAAGAAAAGAGUUUGUGAAUUUUGAUAAACGUGGUCGUAAAAUAGUGAAAACUGCAAUAGCAGCAAGAAUCAUCCUUCAUGCUGGGCUGAUUAUUGCCAGAACGCUAAACGUGCAGUUAUCAUUCAUCUUCCCUCAGCCCACAAAGCUGAUGAAUAAACCUCCACACUUGCAAUGUAUUUAUGUUCUUGCCUUCUCUCUGUCUCUCAACACAAAACAUAUUUUUAUUUCUAAAAUAUGGACUCAGGAGUGUCCGUUUGUGAAGAAAGCAGGGGGACAUACAUUAAGCCAUCGACAGAAGCACUGGCAGCAGGAGAUGGGACAUUACCGUCACAUAGGGGUUUCCCUUGUAUCAGCUGAGCUCAGGACCCCACCAUUACCCUGCGACAUAGGGGACACCAGCGGGGUAAUGAUCCCGGUUCAAUCUAAUUGCACAGAAGUAUGUCGGCAAACAGUAUGCAUUUACAGUGUGCACUACUUUGAACAUGGAGUUCGUUACGGUUCAACUGCGCCGUUUUACAAUAUGUGAAUUAUGUCCGAACUCCCCCGCAAACCACGGAACGUGGAGAGCUCCUAAGAUGGCGGCGGUUUCUGUCAGUGUGGAGUGAAACUUUCCUCAUUUCAGUGAAGAUUUUUGCCGUUUUCCGACAUAUUCUGUCGACUGAGUUGUAAAGCUCGCGUUGCCGGAACACUGAGGCGUCUGGCAGUGUGCGUCUGGACCGAGCGGCGUCCCCCUGGACUCCGUCUUUUACCCGCUAAAGGCGUUGGGCUUUCCUCGAAGUUGACGGUGGCUCGAUGCCCGACAUUGCGAUCAUAGCGACCCUUGUGUUAUCAUCGGAUCAACUCAACGCGGAGCCGUCGGGUGAGAUCGGACGCGGCUGAGUAGCGAGUGAGCUCGGCGGUCAAAGUGCGUCGCAAACGACUCGGCAGCUGGUCGCUCGGCCGCAUUCCUACGGGCUGGCCGGAGAGCCCGAGGACGUGUCACGUCACCUGUCACUUGAGAUCCAUCGCUGGUGUUGGAUGUCACCGCCAGUCAGUGUCGGGCUGAAUUUGGUUCGCUAGCGUCGUACAGCCAUUCUGGCAAAUCAAAUGGAGAAGCUCCAGGACCUGAGCCAAUCGGAGCUCCAGGAGCUCCUGGACAACCCAGAGAGGGUGGAGUCUAUGGCGCAGGAGUCUGACGAGAUCCAGAACAUCCAGCUGGAGAGAGAGAUGGCACUGGCAUCAAAUCGCAGCCUUGCUGAGCAAAACCUGGACAUGAAGCCGCGUCUAGAGUCAGAGAAGGAUGCACUGGUGGAGAAAUAUUCUCAGCUGGAGGCCAUCAGAGAAACCUACAGACAACACUGCUCCCUGAGAGAUGGGAUGGUGGGUCAGGUGUCCCCAGAGGCAUUGUUCUCCAGACUGCAGACAGAGGGCAGCAAAACGGAGGAAGAGUCAGAGGUUCUGGCCGAUGAGUUUCUGGAGGGCUCGCUGCCGCUGGACCCCUUCCUGGAUCGCUUCCUCUCCCUGCGGUCCCUCGCUCACAAAAGACGGGUGCGGAUAGAGAAGCUCCAGGAGAUCCUGCGGCAGAGGAGCGAGGGCGCCAUGACACUAUCAACAGGCAGCAGCCAAGACCCGGCUGCCCCCCCGUCACCGUGGAGUCAACCCACGGCGACGAAUCCGCAGCAGCCGAACUCCACACCUCAGCCCUCCGGCUACCAGAACGCCUCGCAGCAGGCCCCGGCUGCAGGGGGCCCCUCCGGGCUCCCCUAUAGCCCGUACCCCGUCACACCCAACCACCCCCCUGCCGCGGCAGCAGGCCCGGCCAACAUCCCGUCACAGUUUCCUCCGUACCCAGUUCCCGGCUCACCUUUCACCCAAGCAGGGAGCUACCCCGGCCCCAGGCCCGCGUUCGGGCCUCCGGCUUCAUCCGCCUGCCCUUACCCAACUCCGUCCUCCUUCCCUUCCCCACACCCAGGCUCGGCAUUCGGCCAGUACACCCCGAGCCAGCCCCAGAGUGGCCCCGCGCCCUACCCGGCCUCCUACAGCUACGGCGGCUACAGCUACCCAGCCGGGCCCGCGUAUUCCAAUGCUCAGUCGGCACCAGGGCGACCCGUCUCCAGACCAGGAUAUGGAGUUCCACAGCCGUACUCAUGAGGGCAAGACUGCUCCUCCGUCUCAAUUCUUCCCUCUAUUGCUCUCCACACCUCCCUCCCUCAACGCCAGUCUCCCCAGCCUAUAUCCCUCUCCUCUCCUCGUCUUUUUCUACCCUCCCUCUUUCUUUCUCCCAAAUUGAGGUCUCUCGCUUUACUUAUCUUUGUUGCACUAUUUCUCUAAAUAUCGGUCUGAUGAUCUCUCCGCCUCUUUCCUUUCUCCCGUCGCUGUCACCCUACGGUCCACCAACUCCCCCGCACUAGUCUCAGGUUGUUGCGUUGUGUUUAAGUGUUAAAACACUCCCCCCCCCAUCCCCCCCUCUCCAUUGCUCCUACCCUCCCCACCUCCGCUUCCAUUUAUUGUGAAUGUGUGUGUGUGUGUGUUGAUCUUUGGCAAUCAGAAAGUCCUAAUAAACACACAAGUGCACUCCCCCUUAUGACACAUGCAUGUCUUUGUAACACCACGUCAGUGUCCAGUCGCUGUCUGAUUGACAUUGUUAUUCACGAGCACACGUGUGUGCGUAGACAAAGCGGCUCAUGAUGGAACUGGGCUCGUGUCGUGACCCCUGGGCCCAUAAAAUGCAAAGGAAUUGGCAAAGUCGAUGGCCGUCACAAAAUCUGGCUCCCGUAUCGAGUGAGUUUAAGAUGCAGGGUUUGAGAGAACCGCGUCCUCUCGGUAGCUGCUGGUUCUGUCAGCUCUUCCAGGCUCCUCCCCCUCUGCAAACACAAGAGUUCCAUUGUGAACAUGCCUGUAGACGGUGGGCAGAGGAACCUCCAGUCACCCCUUUAUCUUUUUGUCAACCAAAGAACCGUGUGACCAUCACAGCGCGUUUCUUCUUUACUGUUUUCUCUUCCCUGGUUCACGUCCCGUCCCAGUACUGUUGGAACUGAAGAGGGAAACGGCUUCUCUCCCCUGUGUGUCCACUUGGGGGCAGCGUGAAUCUAGUUCCGCUGUUCCAACAUUGAGUACUCUGAUCUGGAUGGUAAGCCGUUGCUUGUGGAGCACUGUAGAGCUGGUCGGCUGAUGUCAGAUGGGUCCUGACCAGACCGUCCCUUCCGGUCCACGGUGAAUCCAAAAUGCAAAUCCCCCAAAUUGGGUCUCCAUUCCUGGACCCAAAUGAAGACGGCAGCCAUCGGUGUCACUUGUUAGCCAUCCCUAUCAGCGUGUCUUAUGUUUGUAGUUUCAUGCAUGUAUCUCAAUCCUAUUCACAUAUAAAAACAAACGGCUCGUAAGACGAGGCAGGAAGGGGAGGAGUACCAGAAGUAAAAUGUUCACUUCAACAGACAGAUUGCCCACCUCUCCAACCAACGUGGUGCUUCUCUAAGUCCUCAAGCUCCUUUUUCCUUUUUAGAUGCUUGGCUUGCCAUCUUGUUUUAGUGUGGGGGGGGGGGGGGGGGUGGUACGCAGAGACGGACCACAUGACCCGUUUGUCAACACAUGCAAGUCUCCACCGUUGGAGCACGGUGCUUUAAUGCGAAGAGCAAGCGCAAUGAAACCUGGACGGUUGAUGUGGCUUCAGGGUGGAGCUGGCAGCUGGAGUCCUGAACGGGCCCCCGCUGGGCCCCCGCUGGGCCCCCCACUGCGGUCAGUCGUUGACCGUUUGAGCCAAACAUAGUUUCGCUCCUUCGUUCCCACCUCGUCCGUCAGCUGCCCGACACCUGUGUGGUACUCAUCCCUUCCUCCUUCCUCUCCGUCACUCUGCCCCUCUCUUCAUCUGCUUGUUGAAUAUGAACUGAUGCUUGACAAUGAUAACCCGAAGGGAAUAGUUUUAUUUCUAUAAAUUCACGCUAUCCGCGAGAAUACAUGUGAUGUGUAUAGUUUAAUGGAGUGACAAAUAUAAAGUUGGAGAUCAGUUCUGUGUCAUUUUAAUCAAUACAAAUAAUAUUAUUGAAAUUGCAAUGUAGGAAAUUGAAGAAAGCUCAUUUGUGGAUCUUUUCGAAGUACAUGCCGCCUCUCUAAAUUUGUAUUACACUGUGGAAUAAACAUGAAACUAUAUAAUCUCAUGAAA